CCCUCCCUUUAUUUUACAUGUUGGAAUCUUUUACAAUGUAUGAGAGAGAGCAUUUAGUUGUGGACGCACACCUAUGAAUUGACUUGCAGUUUUACAUUCCAAAGGAAAAUGACACCUCUCUGACUAUCUUUGAAUGAUGUCCUUGAGGCUGUAUUCAUAUAGGCAUCUUAACUGGCUGCCCUUUUGAACAAAACGGGACUUCUGUGAGCAUGGUAUCAGGUUGGUUGUAUUGUGCAACUUCAGCUUAAGGAACUCCUUCAUAUGGCAGUGAGUAUACCGCGGCACCACCCGUGCUGGCAUGCCCAGAGCCUGGCCCCUGGCAUUGCUGUGCAGUGGACACAUUGGAGCCUUAUCAUUCUUCUCCCUUGACUCAGCCUAACAGCCUGGCAACUACAGUCAUAAAGCUGCAUAUUUUUUCUUCUCUGCCAGGAGUUAUUGGAGAAGGAACUACGGCAGCUUAGUGAAGAGUUGGACAAGGAGAUUAAAAACCUCGAGCAACAGCAACUUACCCGCAAGAAUUCCCCGGCUGGUUCCUCCGCCUGCCCCUCUUCCCUGGCCUUUGCUGCCCGCUGCAGCCCAUUGCCUGGCUCUGGUGUCCAUCCUUCCAAGGGGCAUAGUCUUCCUGUACCCCAGGGCCAGAUACCAGCCAGCUCAAGAAUGGAGAAAGGAAGCCCAGGCGUCACCAGGAGUACCUGGAGCAGCUCUCCACCCAGGAAUGAUCCUCUGAGGCUUCCUGGGCAAAGUCCCUUUCUUGAUUCUUCAGAAAUUGUUCUAGAUGCUCCUCCAAAGAGAGAUGAGAAGAAGAUGAAAGCUGCUCGCCUCAAAUUUGAUUUCCAAGCAGAAUCACCAAAGGAACUGACCUUGCAGAAAGGUGACAUUGUCUACAUCCACAAAGAAGUAGACAAAAAUUGGCUUGAAGGAGAACACCAUGGCAGGGUGGGCAUAUUUCCUGCUAAUUAUGUGGAGGUCCUACCUCCAACCGAAAUUCCCAAACCCAUCAAAACCCCUUCCAUACAAGUCUUGGAAUAUGGGGAAGCUGUGGCCCAGUACAACUUCAAAGGAGACUUGGCAGUGGAGCUGUCUUUUCGAAAGGGCGAACGUAUCUGCCUUGUCCGCAGAGUAGACGGGAACUGGUAUGAAGGCCGUAUCUCUGGCACCAACCGCCAAGGCAUUUUCCCAGCCAAUUAUGUACAGGUGGUGAAAGAGCCAAGGGUGAAGAACUCAGAGGAGUAUCCUUCCUCUCCAGGCCUCCGAGCCCACUCCAACUCAUCCCCCCAGCCACCUGCACCCAGUCUGGGCAGUAGGUGGCAGUCUGAGACUUCGCCUUCAAGCCUGCCAAACACCCUGGCUGCAGACGUGCUCUCCUCCUCCGCUGGAUUCACAUUUCCCGUGUCUCCAAAAUUUGAAAACACUGAGGCCACGAGUCACAGAAUCCAGGAUGCAUCCAGGGCUAGCUCUUUCAGUCCCCAGAGUCAGAGCCCCGGGAAGAUGACCAGCGAUAGCCCCCAGCCUCUCACAUCUUUCCAGAUGAAGGAUCCACCACAGCCUGCUUCUCCUGUAUUGACUUCCCAAGCACCAACUUCCUUUCCACUACAGAAUUCAGCCCUUGAGACAGUAUUUUCUCCAACUGCUAAGCCACACAGUCCCGAACACGCUGCCAGAGCCUCCCCCUCCAACAUCCAGUGGACUCCAUACCAGGCUCUCUACCAUUACAGACCUCAGAAUGAGGAUGAGUUGGAGCUUCAGGAAGGUGACCGAGUGGAUGUUAUGCAGCAAUGUGAUGAUGGCUGGUUUGUGGGUGUCUCUAGAAGAACACAGAAAUUUGGCACUUUCCCUGGGAAUUAUGUUGCCCCUGUGUGACAAGCGGCCUCUUACAUGCCAGGUGGCAACUGAAUCAGAAUCUUCUGCUCUAGGAUCUUGCUUCCUUGGAGAAGUGCCCACUAUCAAUAGACAAGAAGCAAAAGAGAGAGAUGAUGUGAAAACUAAUCUUGGGCCCCAAGUUAUGUCUUUUGUUUGUCACCUGGAGUCUCUAUUCCUUGACUGUUAUCUUUCAGCUCUGCACCUUAGCUUCCUCUGUCUGGGUGAUUGCAACCUAAUUUCUUUUUCCAAUAUUUAUGAAGCAUCACUAAUUCCAGUAUUCCCAUGAUAGAUGUGGGCUUGGUUGAGCAGAGAGUACUGGCCCCUUGCCCGUGCCUCAACUAAGUUUUCUCUUAACCUGGGAUUCCGUAUUUUUGCCAGUUCUCAUGACAGCAAUGGAAGGUAGAGAUGAGAAGUCUCUACUGUUGAGCCUGCACUAAUUCUUCCCUCCAGAAGGAUCCACUUUUCUUAAAAGUACCAGGCCUUGUACCAUUGCUUGGAGACUUGGUGUAUAACCAAAAAUCCCAGCACAACAGAUGAACUGACUGGGUUUCCUGAGUACACAAACCUCUAUGUGUGCCCCAUAGGAUUGUCUGGGCCUUUCCAUCAAGAGAUUGUGCCAUUUACUUUAUGCAGUCAGAUAAGCUGCAGGGUUACCAGUGUUAACAUUUUUGUAUCUUGCCUAACUUCUCUCAAAAGCUUUGUUGCUGAACUUUGAUCUAAAUAGCUCUUCCAUCCAAAGGCUCAUUUAGAACUUUGAUCUAAAUAACUUACAACCACUCCCCUUUCAAACCGGACCCUGCAGGCAGAUGCACUUUUCGUGGUUUUGGUUAACACAAGCUAAGUGGAAUCAGUUGAAGAAUGAAGAGAAUGGUUAGGGCUGUUCCUGUCUGGGCCACUUCCCCUCCUACUUGAAAUGUUCAAUCUGAAUUUGAGUACUUAUUAUCAGGGAUUAAAUAUCGUUCCUGAUCAUGCGCACCUCAUAUUAAAAAAAGGUACCAGGAAUUCCUUGUUCUACUUUUGCAUUAAGGUCCACGUUGUUCACAAAAUCUCCAAAGUUACAUCUUGUUCCUGUCUCCGGAAGCAGAAGUAAGGGACCAAAACAGUGUUUGUGGGACCUCCUAUCAUCAGAAAUCUUGGUCUCCCUGGAUGUUUCUUAUUUUCAGACUUCAUCUCCUGACUCUUCCCAAUCCAGCAAUGACUUUCACCUCCACAGACAGCAGUCAAGACCAAAGAAACAUCUAGAGAUAAAUGUUUCUCCUGGCCCCUCUUCUCAGAUUACUUGUCAGAUGGGUGCCAGGUUGUGGUAAAGAGGAAGGGGUGGAGGUGGUUUGUGUGCCAGGAUACUAUUUAUGCCUCCUCCAGCCUCAGUGUCCUUUAGCAGUGCUGUCUUCUGUUGUGCAGAUAGACACAAUCUCAGCUCCUGGAGUCAAAACUUGCAGGUUGGAAGCAGCCCAGUAGAAGCCAGUCUCUCUCCCCUGCGUAAAAAUUUAAAUUACCUUUUGUCGGUAAAAUAGACCGCAUAGCAGCAUCUUGCAGGUUCAGGCUCAGCAUCCUACCUCAGUGGCUUUAGACUUCCUUCUUCAGGGACCUCUUUUCUUUUCACCGCAUUUUUAUGUCCGGCUUUGGUCUGGAGUGCUCAGCUUAUGCGGAGUAAUAAAAAGGUGAGGUAAGCUUGCUCUGGACUCCAUGUGAAUGGUGCUGUGUGUGUGUGUGCUCAGCUGCAUCAGUCCCGCAGGACCCUGGCUAGCUUACUCAGAUUCCCUGGAGGAGAACCUGAGGGUGUCGAUUAUUCCUACGGGGACUGCACAUAUACCAGGUUGAGAUGGUAGUGGCAAGCAAGCCUUCUCGUGGGAAGAUUGAUCUUGCCCACAGUCACUGACAUACUUGUAAGUAGCCCUUGGUUUUCCCUGGUUUGAAAACUACUGAUGUAGCCUAUUCAAUAAAGAUUGGGAAUCCCUGACCUGACAUAUUUUGCAGGAUGUAUUAUUCUGAAGCUGCCUAGCUACACUAGAGUUGAUCGAAAGGGCAUUUGAUUGUUAACUCUGGAAAAAGAGGUCUGCGUCUAUAACUGUCCACAUGGCUUGUCCUGCCAAUAAAAUUCUCACUGAGCUAAAGCUGC